AUGGCAGCAGCGUUUUUGAAUAUUUGCGGUUAUGUUUUCGUCAUCUUCUUCUCGUUCAUAGCAACAUUCCCUCCAGAGAGUCGAGCCCAUGUUGCUGUCUUCGAUAACUACUGGACGCAGCGUCAAAGCGAUGCGUUGAGACAAACCAUGGACUCUUACGACCCUAAUCCGCUUAACGUCACCGACCACUUGAAUUACCAUGUCUCCUUAGCAGUGGACGCAACGGAAUCAGUCAACGGGACAAGGAGAGAGCUUACACAGAAAAGAAGUAGUCGUAGAAUUCAUAAAAGCAGCGGAAAAUGCCUAGCUUAUAACCCGAUAGACAAAUGCUGGCGAUGCCACCGUAAUUGGGCGCAAAACCGGAAGGAACUAACGGAUUGUGUGCUCGGAUUCGGAAGAAGAACCACCGGAGGAAAAGCCGGACCGAUCUACGUCGUCAACGAUGCUUCAGACAACGAUCUUGUAAACCCUAAACCGGGAACGUUAAGGUACGCAGUGACCAGAGACGGACCGCUUUGGAUCAUAUUCGCAAGAAGCAUGAUCAUUAAACUACAACAAGAACUGAUGAUAACGAGCGACAAAACAAUCGAUGGACGAGGAGCUAGGAUUUACAUCAUGGAAGGAGCUGGUUUAACACUGCAAUAUGUGAACAAUGUGAUCAUACACAAUAUCUAUAUCAAGCACAUUGUUCCUGGAAACGGGGGUUUGAUCAGAGACUCAGAGCAACAUUUAGGGCUCAGGACAAAAAGUGACGGUGAUGGAAUAAGUUUGUUUGGAGCAACCAAUGUUUGGAUCGACCAUGUUUCUAUGACAAGAUGCGCAGAUGGUAUGAUCGAUGCGAUUCAAGGCUCGACCGCGGUAACUAUCUCCAACAGUCAUUUCACUGACCAUCAAGAAGUGAUGCUGUUUGGGGCGAGAGACGAACACGUGAUCGACAAGCACAUGCAGAUAACGGUUGCGUUUAAUCAUUUCGGUAAGAGAUUGGAACAGAGAAUGCCUCGUUGUCGAUUCGGUAUGAUCCAUGUGGUGAACAAUGACUACACACAUUGGGAAAUGUAUGCAAUCGGUGGAAACAUGAACCCUACAAUCAUUAGUCAAGGUAAUCGUUUCAUUGCUCCUCCUAAUGAACAAGCAAAACAAGUCACAAAGAGAGAGUACACACCUUUCACUCAAUGGAAAUCUUGGAAUUGGCAAUCAGAAGGAGAUUACUUCAUCAAUGGAGCUUAUUUUGUGCAAUCUGGAAAACCGAAUGCGCGGAGCCCUAAACCGGUAAACCCAAUCCCAAACAAGUUUAGGAUUCGACCUAAACCGGGAACAAUGGUCCGGAAACUCACCAUGGAUGCAGGAGCACUUGGCUGCAAACAGGGUAAAGCCUGCUGA